GAAGUCGGCUGGCGCAGACGCGUUGUGUGCCGCGAAAACGCAGCUGAACGAACGCGUCUCAUCUCGUAACCGAGCGGUGCGCGUGUGGCGAUUCCGGAUUCGAACCGGCGAAUUCAUGUGUGGGAUUAUCGCUAUAUCAACGUUUUCUUGAACGGUGCUAAGCGCUGCACGGACAAAGCGCGCUAAGUGAGGGAGUGCCGGAUACCCUAGUGUUGUGCGCCGCAAGAAUGCCCGCCAAGGGGGAGAGGGGCAAGGCGACGGACUUCAGCAUAGCGGCCAUCAUGGCGCCCAGAGGUCCUUCGUUUGGACAUUACCACCUGCAGGGUCUCGCCAACGGUACCACCAAUGGCGUUCAAACGACGCCAGCGGAUCUGGUUGCCGCUGCGACGGCCGUGGCUGAAGAAGUCCUGGACGACGAUGACGAGGGUGAAGACGGGGUCGGUGAAGGUGAGAGCGAAGACGCGGAGAGAUCGACCAACGACGAGGAACAGGAGGUCGACGUCGACGUCGAGGAGUGCAGCAGCGUCGAAGACACUUCACCGAGCCUACUCGAAGAACAAGUCUCAACCAAGCUUGACGGUGACGUUGAACGGAGGCAUCGCCGACGGACGAGCUGCAAUUCUGACGAAUUGCGAGACGUCGAGUGUCACUUGGAGACCAAGGAGCUUUGGGACAAGUUCAACGACCUUGGUACCGAAAUGAUCAUCACCAAAACAGGCCGACGGAUGUUCCCGACCUGUCGAGUGUCGUUCAAUGGCCUGAGAUCGGAGGGCCGGUACGCAGUGCUGAUGGACAUUGUGCCCGUGGACAACAAGAGGUACCGAUACGCCUACCACAGGAGCUCGUGGCUAGUCGCCGGGAAGGCAGAUCCGCCGGCACCGGCCCGCCUCUACCUUCACCCCGACUCGCCCUUCACCGGAGAGCAGCUGCGCAAGCAGGUCGUCUCCUUCGAGAAGGUGAAGUUGACCAACAACGAGAAUGAUGAGCAGGGCCAGAUUAUCCUGAACUCUAUGCACCGAUACCAGCCAAGAAUACACUUGGUUCGAUGUCGUUCGCCGGAGGACAACAGCCCGAUUACGGACCUUCAGCAUGAAGAACACAAGACUUUCAUCUUUCCGGAAGCCAUUUUUACUGCGGUUACGGCAUACCAGAAUCAGCUGAUAACCAAGUUGAAAAUUGACAGCAAUCCGUUCGCUAAGGGUUUUCGCGAUUCAUCUCGGCUGACGGAUUUUGAUCGAGAUCCGAUGGAGCUGAUGGAACAACAGUUGGUGCGAUGCGGCGUGCCGCCGCUUCGGCUUUACGAGCACCUCGCCAUGUCGUCCUCGGGGCUAGGAGGAGGCGUCCAACACGACGGAAACGGACAACACGGCGGAGCGCACCCUCUGGCACCUUGGCUUCCUCCCGCCUCCGCCCUUGUCUACGGAGGGGUAGCGCAGGCUCACGGACGGGGGGGAAUUCCCUCUCCGUUCGCGACACACUUCGCGGCGUUUCCUACCCCCACCACGACGAGCCUCCCGUGGCCCAUGCUGCCCCGACGACCCUCGCCCUCCUCGACGGCGACGGGGAUGAGGUACGCUCCGUAUCCACCCUCGGCAUCGACUCCGCCACCGCUACGUCCGCCACGCCCAGCCACCCCCAAUUAGCCCCGGAACUCCGCUUAUUCUCUUCGCCCCUGGCGCCCAACCCCCGUGUAUAGCCUCUAAGUAUAUACUGUCUAGUUGUAUAAUAGUGGUAGAUAAAUAUUCGUCGGCGAUGCUCGAGGGGAUCACGGGAUUUCCGGUUUCUUGGGAAAAUUCAGUAAAUCGUGUUUCCUGUUUUUUCAUUGCAAA